AUGGUAAAAGCCGCUUUAUAUUUUUUUGCUCAGAAAAUUCGUACUGUGGAGCAAGAUGGGAAGACGAUUAAGCUCCAAAUUUGGGACACUGCUGGUCAAGAGCGGUUCAGAACAAUUACUAGCAGUUACUACCGUGGGGCACAUGGAAUCAUUAUUGUCUACGACGUCACAGAUCAAGAAAGCUUCAAUAAUGUGAAGCAAUGGUUGAGUGAAAUUGAUCGUUACGCUAGUGACAGUGUGAACAAGCUCCUGGUUGGAAACAAGUGUGAUCUUGCUGAAAACAGAGCCGUUCCAUAUGAAACGGCAAAGGCUUUUGCCGAUGAAAUCGGAGUUCCUUUCAUGGAGACUAGUGCGAAAGAUGCGACAAACGUGGAACAGGCAUUCAUGGCGAUGUCGGCAUCCAUCAAAGAGAGAAUGGCAAGCCAACCAGCUGGGAACAGUGCAAGACCGCCUACAGUGCAGAUCAGAGGACAGCCUGUUGCCCAGAAGAAUGGCUGCUGCUCAACUUGA